AUGGCUUCGGUGUUGAUGUGUGGAGUGGAAGACUUCCUUUUCAGCGGCAGCCGCUUUGUCUGGAACUUGACCAUCUCGGCGCUCAGGCGGUGGUACACGCAGAGAGUGAGGGGGUGCCACCAAGCCCUGAGCACGUGGUGUGGGGUAAGGGACCUUUAUCAGAUGACAGAAGGGAGGCACUGCCAAGUAUGGCUUCUGGAUGAUAGGAAGCUGGAGCUACUAGUUCAGCCUAAACUUUUGUCACGGGAAUUAUUAGAUUUGGUGGCUUCACAUUUCAACCUCAAAGAAAAGGAAUAUUUUGGGAUAACAUUCAUAGAUGAUAUGGGACACAAUGUCUGGCUACAGUUAGAUCACAGAGUACUGGAUCAUGAUUUGCCUAAGAAACCAGGUCCAGCAACUUUGUUUUUUGCAGUCAGAUUUUACAUAGAAAGCAUUUCCUUUCUGAAGGACAAGACCACAGUUGAACUCUUUUUCCUCAAUGCAAAGUCCUGUGUACAUCAGGGGCAUAUUGAAGUGGAAAGCGAGACAGUCUUUAGAUUAGCUGCUUUGAUUUUACAGGAAGCAAAAGGAGACUACUCUAGUAAUGAAAAUGCAAGAAAAGACCUAAAGAACUUACCUGCAUUUCCUACAAAAACUUUGCAGGAACAUCCUUCACUCACCUAUUGUGAAGACAAAGUCAUCGAACAUUAUAUCAAGAACAAGGGGCUGACUAGAGGACAAGCAAUUGUUCAGUACAUGAAAGUAGUUGAAGCGCUGCCUACUUAUGGAAUCCAUUAUUAUGGAGUGAAGGAUAAACAAGGCAUCCCAUGGUGGCUUGGGAUCAGUUAUAAAGGAAUUGGCCAGUACGAUUUACAAGACAAAGUCAAACCCAGAAAAUUAUUUCAGUGGAAGCAGCUGGAGAAUCUCUAUUUCCGUGAAAAGAAGUUUGCAGUUGAAGUUCAUGAUCCUCACAGAAUUUCAGUAUCAAGACGGACAUUUGGACAGAGUGGCCUCGUAGUACAAACCUGGUAUGCAAACACUUCUUUGAUCAAAUCCAUCUGGGUUAUGGCAAUCAGUCAACAUCAGUUUUACUUGGACAGGAAACAGAGCAAAGCAAAAAUUCCCUCAGCCAGAAGCUUGGAUGAUAUUGCAAUGGACCUGACAGAAAUGGGAGUGCCAAAAGUUUCAAAGCUAACAGCUUUGGAAGCAAAGAAUCAACUUAUUAUGGCCAGCAAUGGUAGCUUAAUCUCUUCAGGAUCACAAGAUUCAGAAGUCAGUGAAGAGCAGAAGAAAGAGAAAAUCUUAGAACUGAGGAAGAAAGAAAAGCUUUUGCAAGAGAAACUCUUGCAGAAAGUUGAAGAGUUGAAGAAGAUCUGUCUGCGGGAAGCGGAGCUCACUGGAAAAAUGCCAAAGGAAUAUCCUCUGAACACCGGAGAGAAACCACCUCAAGUCAGAAGGCGUGUAGGCACAGCAUUCAGAUUGGAUGACAAUCUGCUACCCAGCGAGGAGGACCCAACCCUGCAAAAUCUAGAAAGCAACUUCUUCAUCCAGCAAAAGUUGGUGGAAGCAGCAAAGAAGCUUGCUGGUGAGCCAGACCUGUGCAAAAAUGUGAAGAAGAAAAGAAAACAGGAGUACACAGAGGCAGUAAAAAAGCUUCAGGAGAUUGAAAAUUCCAUCAAUGAAUAUAGGAUUAAGUGUGGGAAGAAACCUGCACAGAAGUCGACCCUGAUUAUGCCAGAGGAAAUUAUCCCAUCUGAGAGCAGCUCUUUGUCUGAUACAACAACCUUUGAAGAAGGCAACACUUCCCUUACUGUGGCAGUCCAAAGAAUAAGCUCUUUGCCAGCCUCUCCACCACCCAAAACUCUUGGAGUAGAGAGGAUCCAUCUCAGGAAGUCUUCCAUGAAUGAGCAACUCCUAGAACCUAGACAUUCCAGAGAUUCUCUGUCAACUCAUAGCAGUCCAUACAGGACAGCCGAGAGGCAGCACCAUGGUGGAAGAAGUAUGCCCACAACACCAGUCCUCACACGCAACGCCUACAGUAGCACUCACUUGCAACCAGAUACAUCCCCCCAGCACUGUUUGGAGUCCCAAGCUAACUAUUUAUCUGAGCCUGCCAGUGAAAAGCCAGCAUUCGCCCUUUCAAAAUCCCAAAGAAGCAGCAGCACAGAAGUCCUAGAUGAUGGGUCUUCCUACACCAGCCAGUCCAGUGCAGAGUACUAUUGCAUGACCCCAAAUUCAAACCCCUGCUAUAGCACCCAAACCCUUGACAACCGUCCUAGAAACAGGAGACGGUCCAAGAAACAGAACAUUUCUGCUUCUAGUUCGGGAAGUAUGCCUAACCUAGCCCAGAAGGACACCUGCAAUGGGGUCUACUCAAGAAAACGAGGACAGAUGCCAACCAGUUGCUAUAUUUCUGGCUAUGCCCCUUCUAUCGAGUGUGACAUAUAUUACAACAGUGGCUACGUAUAUGAGAAUGGCACCGAGGGCCAAUACACCGUCAACCCUUCCUACCGUUCAUCAGCACACUACGGAUAUGAACGUCGCUAUCGGGAAUUCAGAUCUUUCCAUGAAGAUGAAAUGGAAAGAGUGCCACACAAUCCAUACGCCACACUACGCUUGCCACGGAAGCCCUCAGUGAAAACAGAGCACAUCACUAAAAAUAUCCACAAGGCCUUAGUUGCAGAGCAUCUUCGUGGCUGGUACCAGCGUGCCUCAGGACAAAAAGAGCAGGUUCUUGGCUUGCAGGCAGGCCUUGAUGCUGAUCGAGAGUCACAGAGAAGCCUUGGCUGUGCUGGACUACAGAUGCUAGGUUGUCAGAGCAGUCAUUCAUCUUCUUUCUCUCUAGCAUCUUCAACAAAUUCCUCUGUGAACUGGCGGAAUCAGGUUCUGUUAGGACUUCCUGAUUACGACAUGCUAUCUCAGUCCUCUUUUGCCAGCAGUUAUGGGAGUAUGUAUGGGAACCACCCACUGCAGAGCAGAAUAUAUGCUGAAACUGGCCAGUUGGGCAGCAGCGAUAGGAACCCUUUGCAAGAUGGUCUGCAAGAGAGUGAGCAGAGACUGUUCUGGCAUGAGGAUUCAAAACCUGGGACUUUAGUAUGAACCUGCCCUCUGCUUAAGUUGUCCCAUGUGCCUUGCACCUUACGUUUUUCCCUACGAAAACAAGCUUCCUGGUGCAACUCAGCAAUGAAGAUUGUUAUGGGAGGACAGAAAGCAUUCAGUGAGAGCAACCUGAAGAAUCUCAUCUGUGCUAGCACAACAGUAUGAAUCUGAAUAUCCUAAACAAGGAAAAGGACUCCCGUUGUCUGCUUUUAAAUCUCCUAACCUCAAAUGCUACUUUGGGUUAAAGUAUUUUUGAAAGCACUUUUUUUUAGAAGAUGGGGAGUUGUUGACAUUGCAAACAUCCCAAAAUGUGAAAAGAAGAUUCUUGUUGGGAUAAUGUGUUUUUCUAGCAGCACAAUUUGGAGAGGAAGAAACAGGCAAUGUGGGAGUCACAUCUGCUGAUCCAGAAGAUUUUAUUGAAGGAUGCCAUGAGCAUGUGAACAGAGUAGAGGGCUGGCUUUGUAUUGCGAUGCUACUUGAAGGAUGCUUGGUUGUGUGGUUUGUUUUUUUUUUUUAAACAGUAUUCUGAAUAAGGUUAAAGAUCUUUUAAAGGUAUGCCAUCUUGAAUAUAUAUCCCUAAGUUUAAGCACGGGGUGGGGGUGGGAGUGGGGCAGAGAAGCAGUUGCACAUAAAGGUAAUAAAGCAUUAUUUUCAAAACUUCUAAAAAAUAUAAUUUUACACAUUCUCCUUCCCACCCCUCCCCAUAUUUUGUAAUACGGAAUGCACUGGGACACAUUUGAGGUGCUUUCACAGAACUGUUUACAGGAGCUACACUGUCUUCCAUUUGUAACAUUCCCAGGUUUUCCCACCUGUUCUUCUGUUUUUCUUCUUUCCAGGAAAAAAAAAUCAUUACAGAAAAAAGGCAGAAGAGCAGCACAAUGCCCUUUGAAUACAAGCACCAAGGUCUCCUCUGCCUAGAAAACUCAUAAUAUGAAAUGACAUUGGAAAGAGAAACUUUGAAAUUGACCGAUUUGGUUAUGUGGGCCAGUAUUACUCUUUGUUUAAGGGGGAAUGCAAAUACAUUAAUUAUACCAGGUUGGUGCCUUAAAAUCGAUAGGCAUUAAAAUGGAAAAGUACAGGAUGUGAAAAACAAAUGCACUCUUCAGUUACCUGUCCAAUCAAAGAAGUCUGAUCGGUGGGGAUGGUCCAUUGGCUAGGAUAGACAGUGUGGCAGCAAGACGAACCAGGAACUGGUCCAGGUUGGAAAUUAAUUUGAAUUAAGAGAAGACAAUCUAGAAUACCUGUUUUGUAAAUCAGAAGCUGGAUGCAUGUAUUGCUACCACCCCACUGUAAAAUCAGUUCAUCUGGUCCAGUGUUCCUCAACCUUGGCGGCUUGAAGAUGUGUGGACU